AUGUCUAAAGAGAAAAUAGAUCUUGAAAACUUGGACCUUAAACGUACUUAUACUUUUGAAGAGUUUGAGUGGAUUAAUAAACAGCCUAAAAAAAAUCCAAUCGAAAUUGAUGGGCAACCCGUAGACCUCUUUGAAUUCAAAGAUAAUAAACUUGUACCAAUGCCGCAGACUCCUAUAAAAUUUGAAACUGUUGUUUGUGAAAUUGGAGCACAACUGAGGAAUUGGAAUGUCAUGACUGGUCAAAAUGGUAUUAUAACCUUCUCUCAAGGAGGAUUAAUUUUAACGUUGGGUGAACCAUUUUCCCCAAUUUUCGUUGUUGAAGUCGCAAACAUUGCAAAAAAAUCAGAUCCAGAAUAUAAAGAAGUUUAUAUAUACAGGAAGGGACAGAAUCAGUACCUUCAUAGAUGGAAAGACGUUGAUGAGGAUGAAAUUCUGUCUGAAUUUACAUUGGAUGUUGA